AUGGCCGGCGCGCAGGCCUCGGAAACCAGUUCCCUCCUCAACCCCGAAGCCACAUCUACACCGCAUGUCGACCGGCCACCAUCAAUCUCAUCGGCCUCGUCAACAUGUCCAACUUUUCUUCCCUCAAAACCCGACGCCCUACGGUCCAUAGUAGCCGCCUUUACGAUACAUCUUCUUCUGAACAUUGCCACAAACAUCGCGCUGACGCCCCAAACCGCCAUUCUCCAAGAUAUUGUAUGCAAACAGUACUACGACGGGGUCGAUUCUCUCGCUGGCACCACGCACGUCCAGGACAAAGACAGAUGUGGCGUUGUCCCUGUGCAGAGUGAAGUCGCCUACGUGAUAGGAUGGGAGGCGGCAAUAGAGAAUAUCCCAAAUAUGCUGCUGGCAGUUCCGUUUGGAGCGCUAGCAGACAAGGUGGGCAGGAAAAGGAUUCUGUUGGUGGCUCUAUUUGGAAUGUUUAUGAACGACGCCUGGAUAAGACUUGUUUACUGGUUCCCGGACGUUUUCCCCGUGAGAGCCGUGUGGAUUGCCGGGUUGUGGCAAGCAAUUGGUUCCGGAGCCGCGACACUAUCAUCCGUCACACAUGCUUUGGUGGCAGAGGCGUGUCCAGAAGAACAGAGAACAUCCGCCUUCUCUCAAAUCAGAUCGGCCAAACUUCUCUCCCAGCUCAUUUUCAUCCCCAUUGGUGGUGCCUUGAUAUCCACGAACCCCUGGGUUCCCAUGUUUGUUUCCACAGGUUUCAUGAUUUCUGGCUUCAUUGCGGCUGUGAUUCUCGUGCCUGGAGACUGGCCGUCCGAACCGGCUCACAGUAUUGAAAGGCAGGGUCUGCUCCAGGAUGAAAUUGCUGGCGUCCAUUCCAAAGCGCAGUGGUUCAGCUGGACGGGCAUACGAUCAAGCACAUCACGUAUAGCAGACUGGACUGCUUCAAACUCGCGACUCGUACCACUCGUCCUGUCAUUUUUUGUGUUCCAGCUAGGCGAGCAGGCUGGGCUUACAUUGCUGCUUCAGUACGCCGCGAAUCGCCUUGACUGGACAUUGAGCAAGGCGUCAUUCCUCAUAUCGGUCCGCGCGGGCGUCAAUAUGUCCGCCCUCGUCGUUCUGGUUCCGGCAGUGUCCGCCAUUCUCCUUACCACCUAUCGCCUCUCCGUGAUGCAGAAAGACAAGUGCAUCGCCCAAGCUAGCGGCUUAUUGCUCGUGCUCGGUUGCCUCGUUGUGUUUCAAGCCACGUCCGCCAUAUCAAUGGUAGGAGGUUUGGUGCUAAUUUCCGUUGGAGACGUCUUCGCCAUCCCCGUAAGGAGUUUGGCAACGGGUCUCGUGGAUUCGACUCAUCUUGGUGUCCUGUACACUGUCAUUGAAGUCAUGACACAGAGUGGUCUGUUUAUCGGCCAACCUAUGCUAGCAGAGACCUUCCGAUGGGGAUUGAAGCUGGGCGGGUUUUGGGUAGGGAUGCCGUUUUUGUUUGCAGCAGCCUUUUUCACCCUGGCCCUCAUAGCUGUGUCGACGGUGCCGAGUAGACGACGGAUAUUGGUUCCACAAGAAGAUCUAGCCGAAGGCUAG